AUGGUUUCAAGGAGACCACCUAGUUAUGCUUUCAUUGAUUUUGUCCACAUAAGAGAUGCUCAGAAUGCUAUUUCAGAUUUGGAUGGCAAGAAUGGUUGGAGAGUUGAGUUCUCGCACGACUCCAAACAUGCUUUAGGCCAAUACUGUACAAACGGUAACAUUUUUGUAACUACAAAACCUCGAGCUGGUAGUAAGGUUGAAGAUGGUGCCAAACCAACUAAGGACGGUCAGAGACGCCUUCACCCACCAAUGAUGCAAGUUGUAAAGGAUGAAAUCACUAAGUUGCACGAUUGUGGCGUGAUCUACCCCAUCUCGGAUAGUAGGUGGAUCUCUCCCAUUCAAGUUGUGCCAAAGAAGUCAGGCAUCACGGUGGUGAAGAACAAGGACAACGAAUUGGUGCCUCAAAGGACAGUGACCGGACAUAGGGUAUGUAUUGACUAUAGGAAGCUCAAUGCGACAACAAGGAAGGAUCACAUGCCAUUGCCAUUCAUUGAUCAAAUGCUUGAGAGGUUAGCUGGUCACUCUUUCUAUUGUUUCCUUGAUGGAUAUAGUGGAUACAACCAAAUAAGUGUUGCGGAAGAAGAUCAAGAGAAAACUACGUUCACAUGCCCUUUUGGUACGUUUGCUUAUCGUCGCAUGCCUUUUGGUUUAUGCAACGCCCCAGGUACGUUUCAACGUUGUAUGUAUCACAUUUUCUCCGAGUAUAUUGGUUCUAAAAUUGAAGUUUUCAUGGAUGAUUUUUCUGUCUAUGGUGAAGAUUUCGAAACUUGUUUAGAAAAUGUUGAACUUGUGCUCAAACGUUGUGAAGAAACUAACUUGGUUUUGAAUUGGGAAAAAUGUCACUUUAUGGUCACGCAAGGCAUUGUCUUAGGUCAUAUUGUUUCAUCUAGAGGAAUUGAGGUUGAUAAGUCUAAAAUAGAUCUUGUGCGUCACUUACCCCUCCCCACAAGUGUGAGGGAUGUUCGAUCGUUUCUUGGACAUGCAGGUUUCUAUCGUAGGUUUAUCAAGGAUUUUUCCAAGAUUGCGAGACCAAUGAGUUCAUUGCUUCAAAAGGACGUUCCCUUCCACUUUGAUGAUGAUUGCAAGCAUGCAUUCGAGACUUUGAAGAAGCUCCUAACUUCAGCACCGAUCAUGGCACCGCCGGAUUGGUCCUUACCAUUUGAGUUGAUGUGUGAUGCCUCCGACUAUGCAGUUGGAGCCGUGCUAGGGCAAAGGAAGGACAAGCAGCCCUACGCCAUCUACUAUGCCUCACGAACACUCAAUGAUGCUCAACAAAACUACACCACAACUGAAAAAGAACUUCUUGCCGUGAUCUUUGCUCUAGAUAAGUUUCGUUCUUACUUACUUCAAUCUAAAGUUAUUGUUUACACUGACCAUGCAGCUUUGAAGUAUUUAAUGACAAAGAAGGAUGCCAAACCGAGAUUGAUUCGAUGGAUUCUUCUACUCCAAGAGUUUGAUCUCGAGAUCAAGGACAAGAAGGGAAGUGACAAUGUUGUGGCAGAUCAUUUGAGUCGUUUGGUAAGAGAUGCCGAGCCCUUGGCCAUCCAAGAGAGCUUUCCGGAUGAGCAACUCUUUCGAGUUGAGGUAAGUGAGCCAUGGUAUGCAGAUAUUGUCAAUUAUCUUGUUUCUAAGCAAUUUCCGAAUACUUUAUCGCAUGCUCAAAAGAAUAGACUCAAGGCAUUAGCUAAGUAUUAUGUUUGGGAUGAACCAUACUUGUGGAAACAUUGUGUUGAUCAAAUCAUUAGGAGGUGUGUCCCUGAACAUGAAACAAGUGGACAAGUGGAGUUAUCUAAUCGUGAGAUCAAGCGAAUUUUGGAGAAGUCUGUUGGACCAUCACGCAAGGAUUGGUCUCAACGAUUGGAUGAUGCUCUUUGGGCCUAUAGGACGGCAUACAAGACUCCCCUAGGCAUGUCACCAUUUCGACUAGUCUAUGGCAAGGCGUGCCAUCUUCCCGUGGAGCUUGAACAUCGUGCAUGGUGGGCAGUGAAGAACUUUAACAUGGACAUUGAUGAGGCCGGAUUACAUAGGAAGUUGCAAUUGCAUGAGCUUGAAGAGAUUAGGAAUGAGGCCUAUGAUUCGGCAAUGGUUUACAAGGAGAAGACUAAGACAUUCCAUGACCGCAUGAUUAGGAAGAAACACUUUGUCGUUGGGCAGAAAGUUCUUUUGUUUAAUUCUCGACUUAAGUUGUUUCCUGGUAAAUUACGUUCUAGAUGGAUAGGUCCUUUCAUUAUUACUAACAUCUUUUCUUCAGGUGCUAUCAUGAUAAAGAGUAUGGUGAAAGGCACCGAAUUUCAGGUCAAUGGACAUCGCUUGAAGCCUUAUUUGGAGAAUAUGGAGAAUCAUGUGAUUGAGGAGACAUCUCUCCUUGAUCCUACGGUACCAGCAGUAGCAGAAACUCAUUCUGAGGUGGAAACUUCAGAUUAUCAGAUAACAUCAGUGGUAGAAGCUCCACCAGAGGUAGACGCAUCAGACACCCAGGUUCUAGAAGGAGAACCAAUAGUUGAGAGAACAACUACCCCUCCCGCCAUCACUAAUACCCCCGACCAACAACUUACUGGUGUAGAAGAUCACUCAUCUGAGGUAUAUCCAUCCACUUGUACUAGUAGUGAGUCUAAUAGUGGGCAAUAUGUGUUACCAAAUAGGUUUACUAGAGUACCUAACAAAGUGCAGGAUGUAUUGGUGGAUCCAAAACGGAGGAAAGUAAUGGAGGAAGAGAUGGAGGCAUUGCAGAAAAAUGAUACUUGGAAACUUGUGCCUUCACCACAUGGCAAGAAGGUUGUUGGGUGUUUUGGGGUGUUCACUGUGAAGCAUAAUGCGGAUGGAUCAAUAAGUAGGUAUAAAACACGUCUUGUUGCGAAGGGGUUUACUCAGACAUAUGGUAUUAAUUAUGAUGAGACUUUUGCUCAUGUUGCAAAGAUGAACACUAUCCGAGUUCUCCUUUCAUUUGCUGCUAGUUUGAAUUGGCCACUCCGAUAG